ACGUCUUGAGUGUCGUUGGGACUUUGGAGGAGCUCUUUUAUUUAUCCUCCACGGUUCUACGCCUCCGGUGGCCUCUGUCUCGGUGAGUUCCGAUCGCGCGCGAGCCUUGGCGGAGGAGGAAUUGCGCUCGUUUAGUGUUGUCAGCUUAGAAUUUCAUUUACAGAGGAAGACUGAGGAAGACCUAGCUGUUGGAGAGUUGCAGUGUGUUGGAACUGUGAGAAUGGGAACGGGAGAAUCUAAACAUCGCAGUUCUUAUCGCUACCCAAAUGAUCCUGGGUACACUUCAGGUUAUUCGCCGAGGUACUCCACUACUACAAGCUAUGCACAGCCUGAAUCAACAAACAGGGUGCAAAAAAGGUAUUCAAGAAUCAAUGACGAUUAUCAGACACUCAGUCAGGUUACCGAUGCGGUUGGAGAAGCAGGUCUUGAAUCUUCUAAUCUGAUUGUGGGCAUUGAUUUUACAAAGAGCAAUGAGUGGACAGGGAAAGUUUCUUUCAACCGCCGGUGUCUGCAUGACAUUGGAAGUGGUCCAAACCCCUACCAGCAAGCAAUAUCUAUUAUUGGAAGGACACUCUCUUCUUUUGAUGAAGAUAAUCUUAUUCCAUGCUUUGGAUUUGGUGAUGCUUCUACCCAUGAUCAGGAAAUAUUCAGCUUUUAUCCAGAUAACCGACCAUGUGAAGGAUUUGAAGAAGCACUGGAACGAUACAAGGAGCUAGUGCCAAAUCUCCGCCUAGCUGGACCAACAUCUUUUGCACCAAUUAUUGAAACUGCCAUAGGCAUUGUAGACAACUCUGGUGGGCAGUACCAUGUUCUACUCAUAAUCGCUGAUGGACAGGUAACAAGAAGUGUUGACACACAAUAUGGGCAAUUAAGUCCACAAGAGAGAGAUACCAUAAAUGCAAUAGUUAAAGCUAGUGAUUUUCCAUUGUCAAUAAUUUUGGUUGGAGUUGGUGAUGGUCCGUGGGAUAUGAUGCGUGAAUUUGAUGACAAUAUACCUUCCCGGGCAUUUGAUAAUUUCCAGUUUGUGAAUUUUACGGAGAUAAUAUCUAGAAACAUUCCUACGAGUCGAAAGGAGGCAGAAUUUGCACUUGCAGCACUGAUGGAGAUCCCUUCACAAUAUAAGGCAACAAUAGACCUUCAACUUUUGGGUCGACGAAGAGGGAUACCUGACAGGGUUUCUCUACCUCCACCAACCAGGAACCGUUAUUCAAGAUCAAGCAGCUUCGAGCAAGGACCUGCAUUCCCCAGAACUGCCAGCAGCUUCGAGCAAGGACCUGGAAUCACUAGAAGUGCACAAGCUAUUUCAUCUGAAAGACUUAUAGAGGAGAAACUGACUUGUCCGGUUUGUCUUUGGAAACAAAAGGAUCUUGCUUUUGGAUGUGGGCAUCAGACUUGCUACGACUGUGGGAAAGAGUUGCAGCGUUGCCCCAUGUGCCAAGCUCAUAUUACAACUAGGAUAAAGCUCUACUGAUCCCCCGAACUAAAAUGCGUUGCACUUAUAAAGAUCUUGUAGGUCUUUACUUAUCGCUAGUGUCGAGGACGCAAGUGCUCUUAUUGUUUGCUUGUAAAUAUUUCAACAAGGAUAUUGCUUGUAAAUAUUACUGAAUCAUUAUCAAGAUUUGUGAAGUUCUCUACUUUCUACUAAUAAACUUGGAAAAAAUUCUUGUUCUUGCUUUA